AUGAGCGACUUGGAUCCUUUCGCUGCCGCCGUUUUCAGCUGGUUCCGCGAUGACACGCAGGCCUUGAUGAACCGCAUCGCAGCCGUGUUGGCGAGCAGUAGUCUGUACCCAGGGCGGACUGUCCAGUGGAGGCCGACGCAGGCGACGGACUUCCGCAAUCUUCAUCUGCCAGCUAGUGCUGAGCGCCUCAUCCGUUGGGACACCCGUCGUCCAGAAGAUGUGUUUGAGAACGGUUUCGUCCCGAGGGUGCAACCUUCCAACGGCACGCAGCUGCAGGACCAGCAGCUGGACAUAGCCACCUACGUCUUGAACAACGUCCCUUCCAUUUUCGUGUCCACGACGCGCACUCUCGCAUCCUACACCCCCUCGGUGCCCGAACCGCUCAUCUGGACGGCGGAUAACCGCCACAUUGUGGACAGGACCAGUUUCAAGUACGAGAUAUACGCGCAUGGCGGGAUAGAUGUCAACGAGUCGCUGGGCACACAUCACCAUCAGCACCAGAACGGGGUCGCGUUUGCGGGUGGCAUCCGGCGCGAGUUCGUUCGCACUGCCGUCGAGUACUGCCUGAUCGAAAACUCAGACGGUACCACAGAGGACAGGAUCAUCCGGGUUUAUUACAACCCGUACUUCGAUUGGAACGCCAGUGGCAGGGGCCAUGGAUCGCGCCUCCCUGAUCUGCCCCAGGAUGAGUUCGGAUCGCUUGGAGUCGAGGAAGUCAAUGUGAUCUUUGAUGACAACAAUGGGAAUGCUACGAAGUCGCAUAAGAGGGAACUGCGGAGUGCUGUGGAUGAGGAGGAUAUUCUCAUGACGGGCGAGGGUCAUAUCGUCAAAGACGUGACGGUAGGCAUCACGACCGAGCCGCGUUUCGUGCGUGAUGUUCUGCCUCUGACGGGUUCCGUCAACCAUGAGGUUUAUAUCUUCGCAGAGACGAAGUACGUCCUCAUGCGCUUCGACCCGCCCGGUUCGAUCACCAAUGGGCCAAAGCUGGUCAUGACCGAGUGGCCGUCCCUGCGCAAGUUCGCAGGGAGGGUGGACGCGAUUCUGCCCAACCCGAAGAACCCCAAGGAAGCCUAUUUCUUCUGCAGAGACCAUUACGCACUUGUCAACAUCCAACCGGGGUCGACGAACGACUACCUGUUGAGCGCGUUCAAGCCGAUUCGCGGGAACUGGCUGUCCCUGCGCGAGGGCGGGUUCGACAAAGGGGUGGAUGCGAUCUUGCCGAGUCCUGAUGGCAAAGGACACGCAUAUUUCUUCCGGGGCGACCAGUACGUGCUCAUCGACAUCGCCUCCGGAACGACCAACGAUCGCACGAUCACCGGGCCCAAGUCCAUUCACGACAAUUGGCCGUCUCUGCGCAAUGGCUUCACCAGCGAGAUCGAUUUCUGCCUUCUGAACCCGAGUAACAAGAACCAGGCGUACUUUUUCAAGAAGAGCCGUUAUGUACUGAUUGAAGUCAAGCCGGGCACGACGGACGACAGGUUGAUUGAGGGGCCCGCAGAUGUCGCUGGGAAGUGGCCUGCGCUCAAAGCGGCUGGUUUUUAUUGA